AUGGCAGCGUCGCGGCUUGUGUUCUUGGCGUGUGCCUUCCGGGAUGUUAUCGCAGACAUCGACAACAUCUUUCCCAUUCUGUAUGCGAGCAACCCCGUUGCUCGACACACGGCCUGCCCCACACCGGCGGGUCAAGCCACAGUUUGCCAGCUUAGUGGGUACGAGGAUGGGGGCAGAGAACUCCAGUACCUCAUCACCUCUUUGCCAUCCAGCGGGGCUCUGUAUGAAACCUCGCAGAACUACAGAACUUACGGGACUGACCCGAAGUAUGCCGCGACUUCCAUCAAGGACUAUGAGCUGCCCUUCAAGGUGACAGAUGCCUUAGGGCGGGUAGUCUACAUUCCGCCGUCAGAUGUUUUCCCGCCAGAAGGGCGCUGGGCUGCAAUGACCUAUGAGGUCCAGGAGCCGCAAAGCGGCAACAAAUCACAGCCUGGCCAAGUCUCCUUCAGCAGCCCAUCACAGCAAGUUGCAGCUUCUACCUUCGUGGGUGGCACGGAUGCAUGGACCAUCUCUGGAAACAUCUAUGCCACGGUACCCACCUGGCAGGCUUUCGGAUGGGGCAUACUCAACCGUUACCUCUACGGCACUGACGAAGUGCAGUACAUCGACUUUGAUACCAGUAGCGACAAGUCAAAAUGGUACUUUGAAGCGCCACCUGGCAAGUACUACCUGCCGGAACUGGCCGCAUCUUAUGGCGGGACGUUGCAGUUCACGAUUGCCAGCACCUACGGUGAUUUUGAGCAUCUGAAUAGCCCUUUGGAUUUUAUCACCCUAGAGUGCGCAUCGUGCAACAGCGACCGCGGGAUGCGGCUGGUGCGCUUUGCUGAUAAUGGUUUGCAAUGGGCCGGUGAGGAGAAAGUUGUACAGGUAACCCUUGCCACCGGGAACCAUUGGUGGCGAGAUCCGAUGAAUGCAGCGCUGCCUUUUACGGAUGCCACGGAGUGCGAGAUUGCAGCUGCCCUGUACUCGGAGGAAGGUAGGCGACAGUUCCUGUAUGUCAAUCAAGUGACGGUUCUUCCAAAGUGCAUCGUAGGAGGCAUCCCGGUAGCUUUGCUCUUCGUGCCUUUGGUACCUGACAAGAUCAAGGAGCAAAAUGCGCUGCAAACCAGCGAGUUGCUCAAUUCGAUCCAGGCAGUGCUCCAGCAGCAGGAGCUACAGAUUCAGGACCUCCUGACAGAGCAGACGGCGAGAGUUGCAGAUGUGGUCGAUUUCAUGCUUCGGCGAGCUGAUGAGAACGCAGCACCCCAGAUUCUGGAGCCGGGCGUGGAGGAGGUGAAGGUUGCGCCGAUCUUCUCGACCGUGCAAGAGAGCACACAUACUGAUGACGCAGCGCAGCGGACAAGCCUCAGCGCACUGCCGGCAGAGGUAGCUGAAGAGGAGCUCAGUGCUGCGCGUCUGCUGGAGAAGCAGUGCCGGCGCUUCUCAUCUGUGAUUACCUGCGAGGCAGACUAUGCAGUGCAGCAGCCAAGCCAUGAAGCGAACUUGACAUUCACAGUGUUGUUCACGCUAGAACUUCUGCUUCGACUUCUGACUGAAGGAAGGUAUAUGUUCUCAUGCCUGAAUCCUGAUAUCAAGUGGAACAUCAUGGACGCGGUGCUCGUGAUGUUUGGGCUGCUGGAAGAGGUUAUGACCCGCUUCUUCACAGUGCUGGAAAGUGCACCGAACCUUUCAUAUGCUCGGAUCCUGCGAUUGCUGCGAUUGGUUAGGGUUGCCCGCGUACUCCGCGUGCUGCGCUUUUUCUCCGACCUACGAGUGAUGAUUCUUGGCGUGCUGAGCUCAUUGAAGGCUUUGAUGUGGGCACUGAUACUCCUCUUCUUCAUCAUCUACCUUACAGCUGUGUGCAUCCUGCAGUUUGUGGGCGAACACCUGGCGGACAAUCCACAAGACUUUCCACGUGGGCCUUUGGAGUUUGUCGGCCUUUCUCCCUUCUCUUCGCUGCUUACGACAUGCUUUACCUUGUUCUUGACAAUUUCGGGAGGCAUCAGCUGGGGGGAGUUGGCUCCGCCACUCAUGAUGGUAAACCCAGUGGUGACUCCAAUCCUCACGUUGUACAUCGCGCUUGCAACGUUCUGUGUGCUGAACAUUGUUACGGGCGUGUUCGUCGACCGUUCAGCUGCUAUGGCUCUACAAGACGAAGAGAACAUGAUGCUGGAGGAGAUACAGAAUCGAAAGAGAUGGAUAAAGGAGAUCGAGACCUUGUUCACCAAGGCCGACAUGGACGGCAGCGGCAAUGUUGAGUGGGAGGAGUUUGAGAAUGCCUUGACUGACUUUCGCGUCCAGCUUUGCUUCAAAAAUCUUGGGAUUGACAUCCACAAGGUGAGCUUGGAACAGAUAUGGCAGUUGAUCGAUUUCGACAACAAAGGCUACAUUGACAUCAGCGAGUUUGCGGACUGCUUGAUGGAGAUGCAUGGCGUCGCACACAGCAUUGAUAUUGCGCGCUUGAGGCACGAGCAGCAGAGGACGGCACGCAAGCUGGAGCACGUCCACAGGUUGUGCGAAACAAACUUCCAGUCGCUGCAGACCGAGAUCUCACGUCUACCUCCUCGAGCAGGGCGGAGACCCAGUUUGCAAAAGUACAGUGAAAUUGAAGACAAGAAAGCAAUCGAGAACAUCACAACGGUGCUUCAGGGCCUUACUCGCCUUGCAAUCCUUGGCGAUUUCACCCGUGCUGGUGAGGGAGUUGCAUUGGACGAUGUUUCGAUAUCAACGAGUGCAGCACAACCGAGCUUCCCAUUGUCCUGCCAGCAGGGCUGCAUUUGUGCGCAUGAUCAACGUCAGAGAAGGAUUUCGUGUUGCGGAAGCGACCCAGAUGUAUACUAUCCUUUCUGA